CACACUCCUCCACCUUUUUUCUUUCUAAUUCUAUACUUACACACACACACAUAUACAAACACUUGUUGCAAAUUUCACAUUUUGCUCUCCUUAAUUAAGGCUAACAAGUGAUUGAGAAAUUUGAACCACAAAUCAUGUCACGAAAAGCGUUGGACUAUGACCAGAUCAAUGAAAAUGUGAAGAAAGCUCAGUAUGCUGUAAGAGGUGAGCUGUAUCUUCGUGCCUCUGAGCUUCAAAAAGAAGGCAAAAAGAUUAUCUUCACCAAUGUGGGCAAUCCUCAUGCUCUGGGACAGAAGCCUCUAACAUUCCCUCGUCAGGUGGUUGCUCUUUGCCAGGCUCCAUUUCUACUUGAUGAUCCAAAUGUUGGACUUCUUUUCCCGGCUGAUGCAAUUGCAAAAGCUAAACUCUAUCUAUCUUAUACAUCAGGGGGGCUAGGUGCUUACAGUGAUUCUCGUGGACUCCCUGGAAUAAGGAAAGAAGUUGCUGAAUUCAUCAGCAGACGUGAUGGUUAUCCAAGUGAUCCAGAACUCAUAUAUCUCACUGAUGGUGCCAGUAAAGGAGUAAUGCAGAUUUUGCAAACAGUUAUUCGUGGCUCAGGUGACGGGAUUCUGGUUCCAGUCCCUCAGUAUCCACUAUACUCUGCUGCCAUAUCUUUGUUUGGUGGUUCACUUGUACCAUAUUACCUGGAAGAGACAGCUAACUGGGGUCUGGACAUCCACAACCUUCGCCAGUCUGUUGCAGAAGCUCGCUCUAAAGGAAUAACUGUACGGGCAAUGGUGAUUAUAAACCCUGGAAACCCUACUGGACAAUGUCUUAGUGUGGAUAAUCUCCGGGAAAUACUGAGAUUCUGUUACCAAGAGAAUUUGGUCUUGCUUGGGGAUGAAGUUUAUCAACAGAAUGUUUACCAGGAUGAACGUCCAUUUAUAAGUUCCAGAAAGGUAUUGUUGGACAUGGGCACACCAAUUAGCAAGGAGCUCCAACUUAUUUCUUUCCAUACUGUGUCGAAAGGAUUCUUAGGUGAAUGUGGACAGCGUGGUGGAUACUUUGAGAUGACAAACAUCCCUCCCCAGACUGUUGAUGAAAUAUACAAAGUUGCUUCUAUAUCACUCAGUCCCAAUGUCCCUGGGCAGAUAUUUAUGGGAGUAAUGGUCAGCCCCCCAAAACCUGGUGAUAUCUCGUAUGAACAGUUUCUUAGAGAGAGUAAGGGUAUCCUUGAAUCACUAAGGAAGAGAGCACACAUGAUGACUGAUGGAUUCAACAGUUGCAAAAAUGUUGUUUGUAAUUUCACAGAAGGUGCCAUGUAUUCAUUCCCGCAAAUAAAGUUACCUCCAAAAGCAAUUGAAGCUGCAAAACAAGCCGGCAAAGUUCCUGAUGUUUUCUACUGCCUCAAGCUCUUAGAAGCCACUGGCAUUUCAACUGUCCCUGGCUCAGGUUUCGGCCAAAAGGAAGGGGUAUUCCAUUUGAGGACAACUAUCUUGCCUGCUGAGGAGGACAUGCCUGCAAUCAUGGACAGUUUCAAGAAGUUCAACGAUGCAUUCAUGGGGCAAUACGAAGACAAUAGAGGGUACUCGAGGAUGUAAGUCGUGCUUGUUUAUCGAUAUACACUAUGCUUGUAUAGUUCACCCACUCCGGCUAUUGGGUGCUUUGUUAUUAUUUUACGUACUUUUGUGUAUUCCCUCUAUUGAUUGAUGUGUACACACUCGAAGUAUCUUCAUUCACGUCAUCAUUAAAUUAACCAAAUUUCGUUUUCUUUA